UAAAAAGAAAAGUGUGCUAUGCGCACUUUUCAGUUUUUAAAACGAACGUGAUGACGUUACCAUAAGUUUUCUGCGUGCGGCUCAUAGAGGAAGCGAAAGUGCUCUAUUUCCGCUGCAGCAGCGACAAAACGAGCACGUCAAAAAUAAAAGAAAAUGUGGACGGCGAGGGCAAAGUGAGGCCGGACAAAGAGACGUCGACCGACAAGCCGUUCCCUUCCUGAGGCAUCGUUACCAGGCAACUGUUUUUGUUCGACGUUCGCCGCCGAGUACUCGACGGUUGAAGGGUCGCUUCAGAGGUGAACGCGUCCCCCCUUUUGUUGGUUGCUCGUUUGAGGAAGCAACAACUCAGCUAGUCCGCCGAAUUAGCCAUCCCGCUAGAGAUGGGGACUAGAGCAAGUCGACUACAGGAGGACCCGGUUCCCUCUCCUUUCGGGAAGGAUGGCACAAAGCGGGACUCCUAUCGGCGGCCUCGCUGUGCCAGGCCCACCAGUCUGGUCGUCGACUUUUCUGUUAGUUUCGAGGACACGGAGGCCAACCGGAGCCGGUCGGAGGAGGGCAGUGACUCGGACAUGGGCCAGCACGGAGCCAGCGCCGACGGCAGUCCCUCCGACCACCCGGGCAUCUCCUCCAGCGUCACCCAGACCCCCCCCUCGGACGAUAACAACAGCGAGGGGAAACCCGAGGACGAGGGCAGUGCCACCCCGGAGGCUCCCGCCGGCGCAGAACACCAACCCGGGGAGGAGACAGGCCGCACGCCCCACCGCACUUUUUCCGAGAGGCUCCCCGGGAAUCGGCACUCUUCCGCCCGCAGCGUUGGCGCAAGGUCGGCCCGGGUCCGCGGCACCCACCAGCGGCCGGUGUCAGAGGCUUGGAUCGGCCUGUAUCGUGUCAACAACCGACACGGCAAUAUCCGCUGUCCUUUCUGCUCAAAGCCUUUCCCGGGGGGUCGGAUCGAGGAUCACCUGUUGAGCUGCCUCACAUCUCCUCCCCUACCUUACAAUACGGACGUGCUGAGUAAAGACACUGGGGAGUGCUCCAUCUGUCUGGAGGACCUGGUGCAGGGGGAGACAAUCGCCAGGCUGGCUUGCCUCUGCGUCUACCACAAGAGCUGCAUUGAUUCCUGGUCACAUGUGUUCAGCCCGGUGACCAACUCGACUCAGGAGACUACACUGAAUCUGAACAAAAUCCCAAUAAAAAUGUGUAAUUGAACAAAGAAAACUCCGCUGUCCCUCAAACGUCUGAGUGGAGAAGCAGCCGGACGCUGCGCCGCUCCUCGUGCCAAACCUCAACUCUCAAAUCCGGAGACUCCUGAAGAGCCGGCGCCCCCGUGGACUCCAAAUAGCGGCGCUUCUAAAUAUUAUCACCUCCAAACCGUGGAACCCGGUGGUGGGGGGGGGGGCUCCACCCUGACUGUGUACUUUCCCCCUUCUGAGCGGGAUCACUCAUCUUAUCAAGUGUUUUGCAAAAAAAAGAGUUCAGUUCCUCGUCAUACAUGGGAUGAAUGUUCCGCUGCC